AUGUAUAUAUAGUGCAUGUAUUACUGCUAAUUGAUCUAUGAGUCUCCCAAAACGCUUUCACAACUACAUAUACUACUCUCAAUUGGUAUAGAAAUUUAUACUCAAAAGCAAUAUGAUGAUGAGAGGUGGAGUCACCAAAACAAACAUCUUCCUGCUUAGGGAAGCUAACAAGCAAGUAAAACGCCAUUUUAACAAGCUCAUGGGACGAGAAACUACGGCAGCAGAAAGUGGUAGAAACUCGAACAAAGGGCAUGAAAAGGGUGCAGAUCAUGGUUUGUCAUGCUGGGUUCCACAUCCACAUACAGGCAUAUAUGUUCCCAAAGGCCAUGAGAGGGUCAUUGAUGAUGUUCCUGGUGGUGCUGCUUCUUUCAACCAAACUUACUGGUUGAGAGAAGUGGAUGGUGUCGAAAAACCGGAUUUUGAUAAUUUAUCCGAAUCUAACUUUCCAACAAAUAAUCUAUGAUUAAAAUUAAAAAUUAAAAAGAAUUAUAUAAAUUAAUCUAGCAUAUGGUAUGAAUAUAUCUUAAUUAGCUAGCUUAUUAGCUAAUAAAGUUGGGGAUCAUCAACUUCUUUUAUAUGUAGGAAAAACUAAUGUCGGUUUUUAAUUUCAUCCUUGUAAUACGGAUAUGCAAUAUUAUGGUUAUUAAGAAAGUGACUUUAAAACGGUA